UGGGGUACCUUAUAAAUGCAGCCAACACCGGGGACCCUGGCCUCAGAAGCUAGGACUGCACUAGUGCUAAAAGGCUGUGCAAGCCUCACCCAGAUGAUGCUGCAGGCCCAGGAGGAGUGUGAUGGCCACAGUGCUUAUGAAAAUGUGGCCACAGGAGAGCUGGACAGUGGCCCUGGCUCUGGCCCCAGCCCAGACACUGACAGUCAGGGACAGGGGGCACCCAAGGACCCUCUGCUCUUCAUUCAGCUGAAUGAGCUUCUGGGCUGGCCCCAGGUGCUGGAGUGGAGAGAGACAGGCAGGUGGGUGCUGUUUGAAGAGAAGCUAGAGGUAGGUGGGGGCCGGUGGAGUGCCCCCCAUGUACCCACCCUGGCGCUGCCCAGCCUGCAGAAGCUCCGCAGCCUACUGGCCGAGGGCCUUGUCCUGCUGGACUGUCCAGCUCAGAGCCUCCUGGAGCUUGUGGAGCAGGUGACCAGAGUGGAGUCGCUGAGCCCGGAGCUGAAAGGGCAGCUGCAGUCCUUGCUGCUGCAGAGACCCCAGCACCUCAUCCAGACCACAGGCACUAGGCCCUGCUGGGGGUCUGCCCAUCCAAGAGAGUCUUUGCACGAUGAGGAAGCCCCCCUGAAAGAACAGCGUCAGAAUGCCCUGAGGCAGAAACUGCCUCCAGGGGCUGAGGCUGCGGCUGUGCUGGCAGGAGAGCUGGGCUUCCUGGCACAGCCACUAGGGGCCUUUGUGCGGCUUCAGGACCCAGUGGUGCUGGGGUCUCUUACAGAGGUGCCCCUCCCCAGCAGAUUCUUCUGCCUCCUCCUCGGUCCCCCUGCACUGGGGAGGAGCUACCACGAGAUGGGCCGGGCAGUGGCUGUCCUCCUCAGUGACCUGCAAUUCCAGUGGUCAGCGCGUCGGGCCAGCAACCUUCAUGACCUUCUGGCAGCCCUGGAUGCCUUCCUAGAGGAGGUGACGGUGCUCCCACCAGGUCGGUGGGACCCGACAUCCCGGAUUCCCCCACCUAAAUGUCUGCCCUCUCAGCACAAAAGGCUCCCCUCGCAAAUGCAGGAGGUCAAGGGCCCCUCUGCCCCGCGAAGGGCCCGGGCUGAGGACAGGCACGGCCAACCGCAGCACGCGCCCAGCCCGGAGUUGCAGCGGACAGGCAGGCUGUUUGGGGGCCUUGUCCAGGAUGUGCGGCGGAAGGCCUCGUGGUACCCCAGUGACUUCUUGGAUGCCCUGCACCCCCAGUGCUUCUCGGCUGUGCUCUACAUUUAUCUGGCCACCAUCACAAAUGCCAUCACUUUUGGGGGGCUGCUGGGAGAAGCCACCGAUGGUGCUCAGGGUGUGCUGGAAAGUUUCCUGGGCACGGCAGUGGCUGGAGCUGCCUUCUGCCUAAUGGCGGGCCAGCCUCUCACUAUCCUCAGCAGCACGGGGCCAGUGCUGGUCUUUGAACGCCUGCUCUUCAACUUCAGCAGAGAUUACAGCCUGGACUACCUGCCCUUUCGCCUGUGGGUGGGCAUCUGGGUGGCCAUCUUUUGCCUGGUGCUGGUGGCCACAGAGGCCAGUGUGCUUGUGCGCUACUUUACUCGAUUCACCGAGGAAGGCUUCUGUGCCCUCAUCAGCCUCAUCUUCAUCUAUGAUGCCGUGGGGAAAAUGCUGAGCUUGAUGCAUGCCUAUCCCAUCCAGAGGCCUGGCUCUGCCGCCUACGGCUGCUUCUGCCAGUACCCAGACCCUGGAGGAAAUGAGUCUCAGUGGACAAGGACAAAAGCAGAAGACAGAGAUGACAUCUUGAGCAUGGACCUCGUCGCUGACCACUGCUCCCUACAGGACCUGGGCCUGGUCAACGCAUCCUUGCUGCCUCCCCCUGAGUGUGUCCAGAGGGGAGGCCACCCUCGUGGCCCCAGCUGUCACACAGUCCCAGACAUUGCCUUCUUCUCCCUCCUCCUCUUCCUUACCUCCUUCCUCUUCGCCAUGGCCCUCAAGCAUGUAAAGACAAGCCGCUUCUUCCCAUCUGUGGUACGCAAGGUACUCAGCGACUUCUCCUCAGUCCUGGCCAUCCUGCUGGGCUGUGGCCUUGAUGCCUUCCUGGGUUUAGCCACACCAAAGCUCAUGGUGCCCAGAGAGUUCAAGCCCACACUACCUGGGCGUGACUGGCUGGUGUCAUCUUUUGGAACCAACCCUUGGUGGCUAAGUGUGGCAGCCGCCCUGCCUGCCCUGCUGCUGUCUAUCCUCAUCUUCAUGGACCAGCAGAUCACAGCAGUCAUUCUCAACCGUGCCGAGUAUAAACUGCGGAAGGGAGCUGGCUUCCACCUGGACUUCUUCUGUGUGGCUCUGCUGAUGCUGCUCACAUCAGCGUUUGGGCUGCCCUGGUAUGUCUCAGCCACUGUCAUCUCCCUGGCCCACAUGGACAGUCUUCGGCGAGAGAGCAAGGCCUGUGCUCCAGGGGAGCCGCCCAGCUUCCUGGGCAUCAGGGAGCAGAGGCUGACAGGCCUGGUGGUGUUCAUCCUCACAGGAGUCUCCAUCUUCCUGGCACCUAUACUGAAGUUCAUCCCAAUGCCCGUGCUCUAUGGCAUCUUCCUGUACAUGGGGGUGGCAGCGAUUAGCAGCAUCCAGUUCACGAAGAGGGUACAGCUGUUACUGAUGCCAGCAAAACACCAGCCAGACCUCCUGCUCUUGAGGCACGUGCCUCUGAGCAGGGUCCACCUCUUCACAGCCAUCCAGCUUGCCUGCCUGGGUCUGCUUUGGAUAGUCAAGUCUACACCUGCAGCCAUCAUUUUUCCCAUCAUGUUGCUGGGCCUGGUGGGGGUCCGGAAGGCCCUGGAGUGGGUCUUCUCACCGCAGGAACUCCUCUGGCUCGAUGAACUGAUGCCAGAGAAGGAAAGGCGCGCCCCUGAGAGGGGGCUGGAGCCUGAGUACUCGUUCAGUGGAAGUGAGAAUGAAGAUUCAGAGCUGAUGUAUCAGCCAAAGGCUCCAGAAAUCAACAUCUCUGUGAAUUAGCUGGAGCUGAGUAUGAGUCCUCAAGAACCCGAGUCCAGAAGAGGGUAGAACAGCCUCUCCAGAGGGAAGAAAAAACAAAUGAGAGGACCUGGGCAUGGCUCCCCGAGGCACUAGAGUAUGGCCAGUAGAGGGAGCUCAAUCUCAUACCAAACUGAGUGGAAUUUGGAGCGGGGGCGGGGAGGGGGGGGGAGAGAGGGACGAAAAGACCGAAGAAUGGGAAAGAGAGGGGAGGAGGGCAGGGAGGACGAACUUCUCGGCUGCUUUCCUUUGCCUUCGGAGGCUCUGCCCCAGUCUCCUGAGAACCACACUCCAGCCCAGCGGAGGGAUUCUCUGUCACUUGCCCUCUUUGCUAUUUUUUUUUCAUUAUAUUCAUCCACUUACCAAACAGCUUCUGUUUUGAUAAGUACUAGAGAUUCAGUAGUUAAGACAAUCAUGGUCCCUGACCUUGGGAAGUGAAAACCCCAGUGGGAAGGACAAACAAGCAACUUGCUGGAGUGGGGUCGGGCAGGCUGUGUGAGCAGAGAGAGGCCUCUAAGCCCUGCUUGGAGGGCAGUGGAAGCGGGGUGGUGGGAGUUGGGGAGCCUACCAAGAAGAAGUGGUCUCCUUCUGACUGGUGUGGUCGGGUGUCAUCCAGCAAAGGGUCCUCGGUCCGACCACUGGUCAGGGCCUGGCCCUGCAUGUGAGAAGCAAUCAAUCGAUGUCUCUCACACAGCGAUGCUUCUCUUCCAUCCUUUCCCCCACCCUUCCCCUCUGUCUAGAAAUGAAUAAAUAAAAUCUUUAAAAACCCCAGAGGAAAUGGUCUAUAACUUGAAAUCUGAAGAAUUAAUAGAAGCUAGACAGGACAAGCUGAGGGCACAACAUAUACGAAGCCUGGAAACUGCUUCCCCGUGAGCUGAACACUCCUUCGGGCCACAGAACACCCUCUUCUCCAUGCCUUUCAGAGCCCAAGAAAGAGCUCACCACCGCAAUAGAAAAUUCGGGGACUAUGGGGAGAUUCAAUGGCUGGCCCAGAACAAGAUCUCCUAGGCUUUCCUUACCCCCUAUCAGGCUUUUCUCUACUUUGUGCCCUACUAUGUACCGGGGCACCUGCUAGGACCCCACAAUGUCUUCUCUCAGUCCAUAGGUGUUCACUCUGGAAGUCAGGAUGAUGUUUGCCCUGGCUUUACUGCCAGAUGCUCCGUCAGCUGCGAACCCGGAACAAUGGUUCAAGGCUGGAAGGCAGCUGGCCAAGACCUCAGUCACCCUCCCGAGCUGGGGUGGAGAGCAGCAGGGAACAGGCAGGUCUGCUCUGGGGUUAGGAAAGGCUGGUGAGCUGGAGGACUGACCAAGUCCCACUCACACUCUACCCGACCAGGGUACCUGAGUCCAGAAGCCCUUCCCAUUUUGAGCUUAUCCUCACAAAUCCUCAUUUACAGGAUUGAAGGGUUGUAGGGAACUCUUCACAGCUUGCAAAAGGGAGACAAAGUCCCUCUUUCUAAAAUAAAUAUUCCUCUAUUUGAAACUGUUUUUUUCCCAAACAAAAACACAGAACUGUAUAAUUGUGAAAUGGAAACCAUCCUAGAGAUAACCAGGUUCACACUUGAGGGUAAAUUGUUUAUUUUAAUUUCAAUGGACACAUUAAUAUUUUUAUUAAAAUGGAGUUACACUGUCGAGUUCUUUAACAUGCUUGUCACUGAAUACACAUUGGAUAUUUUCCCCAUGUCGGUAUAUAUGUCUAUAUAUCUACCUCAUUCUUUUUUGUCAUCUGCAUAGAAUAAAUAACCUUUACAUUGAAGGAGAUAUCAUAUAUACAAAAGGAUAUAUAAAUGUCUUUGGAAAAUGCAAGAAUUUCUCCAGGGUCUAUACCCAGGUGUGAAAAUAAAGAGUGAUGAUAAAAAGAACACUUGUGUGUCCAACACUCAUAUCAUGAACUAGGGUAUUUAUUUCUAGUCCUUCAGAAGCCCCUCUGAAUGUUCCUCCCAGAUUCCAUCCCCAAUUCCAGGUAAACGCUAUCUAAAUUUUAUGCUAAUUAUUUUCUUGCUUUUCUUUGUAAUUACACAUCCAUUUCUCUAUAUAUUUUUAAAAUAUUUUAUUUAUUUAUCUUUAGAGAGGAAGGGAAGGCAAGAAGGAGAGAAACAUCAAUGUGUGGUUGCCUCUCGUGAGUCCCCUGCCGGGAACCGGCCUGCAACCCAGGCAUGUGCCCUGACUGGAAAUCGAACCAGGGUCGUGUGGUUCGCAGGCCUAUGCUCAAACCACUGAGCUUUCUAUAUUUUUAUGUAUUUAUUAUU